GAUUUAUUGGGGUUACAUUUAUGAUAAAAUUUAAAAGAUAAAUAUCACUAAUUUGAUAAACGUACAAAAUUAAGAUGUUGGAUAAUGUAAAACAUAUUAUUCUGAUACUGUCUGGAAAAGGAGGAGUUGGCAAAUCUACAGUUAGUACCCAAUUAAGCUUAGCAUUACGAGAAAAAGGAUAUAAGGUUGGUUUGUUAGAUGUAGAUCUAUGUGGUCCAAGUGUUCCUUAUCUUUUACAAUUAGAAGGCAAAGAUGUGCAUCAAGCUGAAGAAGGAUGGAUUCCUGUAUACACUGAUGAAGAACAAAAUUUAGCAGUGAUGUCUAUUGGAUUUCUUCUAAAUAAUAGAAAUAGUGCUGUAGUAUGGAGAGGUCCAAAGAAAACCUCCAUGGUGAAGCAAUUUUUAACAGAUGUCUGCUGGGGAAGUCUAGAUUAUUUAAUAAUAGAUACACCUCCAGGUACAUCUGAUGAGCACAUAACAGUAAUGGAAAAUUUAAAAAAUGUCAAGUGUGAUGGAGCCAUAAUCGUAACUACUCCUCAACAAGUGUCUAUUGAGGAUGUUAGAAAAGAAAUUACAUUUUGUAAAAAAACUGGGAUUCCAAUAAUAGGGAUCAUUGAAAAUAUGAGUGGAUUUGUUUGUCCACAUUGUUCAGAUUGUACAAAUAUAUUUAGUAAAGGAGGAGGUGAAUCCUUAGCAGAAAUGACAAACAUUCCAUUACUGGGAACAUUGCCGAUAGAUCCUAAAGUUGGACAACUAUUAGGAAAAUCUUGUGUCAGGGAAUUUCCAGAUUCACCAUUGUCGAAGGAAUUCAAUAAUAUUGUAAAUAAAAUUGUCAGUACAUGAUAGAUAUAUUUUUAGGGAAUAAAAAAGUUAUACUUUUUAUUUUAUGGUCGUGUAUCUUUCAUGGUUUGUUAAAAUAUAUAUUUUUUUUAACAA